AUGAGUAAACAAUCUAGUUCGGAGCUUGGAGUUUCCCACAAAAACCUUGAUAAAGACAAUCUUGCAGACGACCUGCAAGAUGGCAUAGCAGGUGACAGAGCAACAGAGUCGAACGAUGAGGAAGCGAUGACAGCAGCUAUAGUUUCAGAGGCUGAACAAGACACCAUCUUUGUUCAGUCAGGAUCGGAGGCAGAGAGCUCAGAAAAGGGCGCUCGGCGAGUUCGACGAAGUACAAGUACACCGGACGUUCAAGUAAGCGACUUUGGAAUCACCGCCGUGGAGAUUCUUUCAGAAGCCUCAACAAGAGCCGCGAAAGAAAUGGCAUUGUUGACGCCAAAACGAAGACUCGAAUUCAGGAUAGAUAGGAGACAGAACAAACCUCCGAAUUUCAAUAACGCAAAUACCAAAACCGCGUACAGCGAAGGUGCGAUAGCCUUCAUCAUGGGUACCGAAAGACCGGAUAAGUGCGAAAAAUGCGCUCGAGGAAAUGGUCGGUUUGCUCUGUGUGUGACUUGUACCGAUCCAGAUGGAACAAAAUACUUCAAAGGUGCUUGUGCCAAUUGUCGAUGGGUUGGCCAGCCGAAUAAGUGUACAUUUCACUCAAAUUACCAAUCGCCGCAGGCAAUACCCAAGAAACCCAUGAAGAAGAGCGUCAAGAAGGGAAGAAAGAGGGCAGUAUCUGUGGACUCGGAAGAGGUAGAGGAGGAGCUGGACCUGGAGGAUAAUGAAUCGGACAGCGAGUUUGAGGAUAGCAUGGAAACUGAAGAUGUAGUCGAAGAGGAGGUUAUAGAUGAACGGCCUGUAGAACAAGAAGAUGGUCCAGUAGCUGAGCCAGAAGAACCUGCAGAUCAAGAGGCCGAAUUGGAAGAGUCUAUUGAUGAAGACGCUGAAGGCUACGAUCCAACGACUCACCCAGACUACGACCCUCUGCCUUAUCCAAACGGUGCAUGGUCACAUCGGAAUUGGUUCUACCCAAGAGGCGGUAUGGUAUUUUGGCCAGGUAUGGAUGAACAAUUACGGCGACAGCACUCUCAUAUAUGUUAUCGACAUGGCUGGCCGGUGCCGGAUGGAUAUUGA